AUGAUAAGCAGGACUUUAAGUCGUGUACCUACAUUAGCAUCUUUGAACAAGCGGUAUGAGAAAACGUUCGGCCAUAAAUUCAGAGAUGCAAUUGCUACAUGUGGCCACUACAUGAAGCCUCUCAAGAAAUAUGUCUUUCCAAAUUUUCUUGCAGUGCACUAUUUCUACAUAAUAAUGAUGACUAUAAUUACAUCCAUUUUACUAUACCCAGUGAAAAAUGCGUCAUAUAUUGAUAUUCUUUUCAUCUCUACUGGUUGCACGACGCAAGGAGGUCUGAAUACCGUUAAUUUGAAUGAUCUUUCACUUUAUCAGCAGAUUGUUCUUUACAUUAUUUGCAUACUCUGUACUCCUAUUGCCAUUCAUGGCUGCCUCGCAUUUGUUAGACUUUAUUGGUUCGAAAGAUAUUUUGAUGGUAUUAGAGAUUCUUCUAGAAGGAACUUCAGAAUGAGAAGAACAAAGACUAUCUUGGAGAGAGAACUGACCAGUAGGACAAUGUCCCAUAAUCCUCAACGGCAUCAUCGAACGUUGUCGGCAUCACAUAACUCAUCAUCCCCAAGGGAGGAUUUUCAAGAAAAGCUGUUCAGUGGGAAAAUGCUAUUUAGAGAUGAAAAUGAGCCAGGUAAUUCUACCAAUCAAGAAUCAAAUCCCAAAGAGAAGAUUAAAACAGGCGUGGAUUCAAACGGCUCUUCUUGGUCAAGCUCAAACACAGUCAAGGAUAAUGCUAAUGGCAAACAUUUACAAACUAGUGGUGCGCUAACUUUCGAUGAGCCGAUACGUAAAAGGAAGAAGCCAACUAGAGAACAAUUUGUAGGUAGGCGGCGAUCCGCCGACAUUUCUCCCGAAGAUAUGUACAGGUCCAUAACAAUGUUAAAAGAUCAGCAUCACGAGACUGGAGAAGAGGACGGACCUCCUUUGGUCAUCGGCGCACCAACAGAUGGGAAACGAAAAGGUGACGCAGGCUUCAAAGCUGCAACUCUGAGAGGUACUCUACUUUCAAAAGACGACGCCUUGAAUGAAGACGACGAAGACAACCGAGACAAUCAAGACUCAGAGAAUGAAAGCGGGACUCAGAUGGAAGAUAACUCAAAUGAGGGACAAAAUUCGCGUGUGCGUGGUACCGAGCAGCAUCGUCUGCACGAAGAUGAGUCCAGUCUAACAAGUUCUCCGAGAACUGAUUUGAAUAGUAAUGGGUUGUCGGAUAAAGAAUCUGAUAGUGAGGAACAAAACCUAGAUAUGGAAAAACCGGGACCUCUAAUCAAGUUCGACAUUUCUGCUCAGCCAAAAAGAAGCAAAUCAUCUACAGAAGGAGCUUACAUUGAAAAUAAAAAAUCAAAAAGUAUGCCAAAAAAUGCAAUUUUGACAGGAUUGAAGAGAGGGAAAAGACUCCGCCAAAGAAUCAAAAGGAGGCUAUCCGGAAACUUCAUCGAUAAACUUGAACGGGGUUCUACUAUCCACAAUGAUGAGAACAACAUGGAAGAGUAUUUUGCGGAUGACGAUGAUAGUGACGAUGAUAGUGAAACGCAAUCCAUUGUAAGAAAAAAUAGACCUUUAAAUAAAGCUCUUUCUUUUGACCAAAGCGAUGCCCCACGACUCAAAGCUUCAAACAAUUUGCGAAAGACCGGCUCUUUUGAUUUGAGAAAUGCCAAAGAUAUAGAAAAAUUAGCGCAAUCCCCAGAUUUUCAAACCAUGAUUUACGAUAAUUGGAAGAGAAGACACAAAAAGCAGGCUUUGUUAAAGCGUAGAAAAAGCUGGAAUAACAAACCAGAUGAUAGCGACUAUACCCCAGACCUACCUGCAGACCAGGGAAAUAGUUACAAUGAAACCUACAAUAACGCAAUGAAAAGCAGGAAGCGAAACGGUUCUGUGACUGGUGUGAGUUCGCCUAAUGAUAUCGAUUCUGAAGGGGAUGAGAAUAGUCAACAGGCUGAGAAUCAAAGUGGUCACAGUAUGUCAGAUCACUCUGCUGGUGAUGAGGAACAAGGUUACUUCGGACUGCAGUUUGAUCCAAAUUUUGAAGCUACAAGAAAUCGGCCUCCAUUAUCGCGAACCAUGAGCUCCAACUACUUGUCCUGGCAACCGACAAUUGGGCGUAACUCAACUUUCGUGGGCCUAUCGAAAAUGCAAAAAGAAGAGUUAGGUGGUGUUGAAUAUACAUCAAUCAAAUUACUUUGUAAAAUUCUAUUGAUUUACUAUUUUGGGUUCCUUAUAAUGGCCUUUGUAAUGCUUCUUCCAUGGAUCUCAGAAAUGAGUAAUUAUAAACAGAUUGUGAGAAGUGAUGGUGUUUCACCUACGUGGUGGGGAUUUUUUACAUCUAUGAGUGCCUUUACUGAUCUUGGUUUCACCUUGACUCCUGAUUCAAUGCUUUCCUUUAAUAAAGCGAUAUUUCCUUUAAUUACGAUAAUGUGGUUUAUCGUUAUAGGCAAUACUGGCUUCCCGAUUUUGCUGCGGUCUAUCAUAUGGAUUAUGUUCAAGUUCUCUCCAGAACUUUCACAACGGCGGGAAAACCUAGGAUUUUUACUUGAUCAUCCUCGUCGUUGUUUCACAUUACUGUUCCCAUCUGGUGCUACUUGGUGGUUGCUGGCAACACUGGUUUUUUUGAACGGAACUGACUUGAUUCUGUUCAUUAUUCUAGAUUUCCAUUCUGCAGUGUUGAGGCCCCUGUCACGUGGAUUUAGAGUUUUGGACGGUUUGUUUCAGGCAAUCAGUACAAGGACCGCUGGAUUCACGGUAGUCGACUUGAGCAUGUUGCAUCCAUCGGUGCAGGUUUCUUACAUGUUAAUGAUGUACGUCUCUGUCUUACCACUUGCCAUUUCCAUUAGAAGGACGAAUGUCUACGAAGAGCAAUCUCUUGGCCUUUAUGGAGAUAUAGAUGAUAAGGAUGAUGAAUCUGAUCGCACAAGUGCAGACAACGGCAGUUCUGAUAAUAGCGAGCAACCCGAAAAUGCCGAAAGUGAGUUUGAUACUCCAGCUGACAGCUCAAGUCAUACUUCGAAAAAACCGAAAAAGACACUAUUGAAUGAAUCCUUCAUCGGUGCGCAUUUAAGAAAGCAGCUCUCCUUCGAUCUAUGGUUCCUCUUUUUGGGGCUAUUCAUAAUAUGCAUUUGCGAGGGGGGGAAAAUUCAGGACACAUCAAAACCGAACUUCAACGUGUUUGCGGUACUAUUCGAAAUAGUCAGCGCAUAUGGUACUGUUGGACUGUCGUUGGGCUAUCCCAAUACCUAUACUUCUUUCUCGGGGCAGUUCACUACGCUGUCUAAACUAGUAAUCAUUGCCAUGCUCAUUAGGGGCAGGCACAGAGGUUUACCAUAUGCUCUCGACCGUGCUAUUAUAUUGCCAAGUGAAAGACUGGACAACAUCGAUCAUAUAGAAGAACUGAAGUUGAAAAGAGGUGUCAGAGGGGAUGCAGGAGGCACCACCAUGGACCCAGUCACUGCUUAUUUCAAAAAUAAAUCCGGCAUUGUCGGCUCGGCGCUCAGAAAGCUCAGACGCACCGUAAGUGAACCGGAGGAACACCUUUUGCACUCGUACCGAGCUCACAAUCACAAUCAACAGUACAAUCUUUCACAGACUUCACAAACUGGUGAUGAUCCAUUACAAGAAUCAUCUACUACUCAAAAUGGCCAAUACACAGAAGAAGCACCGAUGUCUUCGCUCAAUUCUGCUGCCAACUUUGAUAAUGAUUCGUACGACGACGAUCUGGAGGCACACGGCGAGUUUGUUAAUCAACCUCCCAUUGCUUUGCAUCACACUAGAACUACGUAA